AAACCCGUCGCCAUUGCGGCGGCCCUUUCCUCCCUCCACCCUCGUAUCGGCUAACUUAGGCAACCGUUUCUAUAUUGUCUUUUUCUGCCGUUUACCAUAAUUGCUCAAAAUAUACACUUUCCAUAACAGAUAACAAAGCAUUAAAUCAGUUUAAAAUUCCAUCUUUCAUCCCCCGUGAUUGACGAUGGAGAACUCACAGGCCACCAUGGCCUUUUCCGUUCUGAAAACCCUAUUAACCUCCCUGUUUUUCUACGCCGACAAGCCCUUGAUACUAUUUGCAGACAAGUGUAAGUAUCUCCAAUUCAUUCGUUGCAUACUCGUCUCCGCUUUUCUCUUCUUCCUCCGCCUUUUGCCCUCCCUUUUACCCUCUCCAUCGUUUGAAAGCUACAAAUUCUGUUUGAAUUCGAAAAGAGGGGAAGCUCUUUGUACUGUUGCGGAUGGGGGAGGAGGCGAGCCUGGUAUUGCUAGAGCUCUGACGCAAGUUUUGUCGAUUGUGACUGAUAUUCCGGUGAGUUCCCGGAAGUAUGAAGUGGUGAGAUCGCUGGCCGAGAGGCUGAUAGACGACAAUCUUUUAGAUGGGAACGAAGCGCUACGGGAAGUUAAUUGCACGGCGUUGGUGGCGGCGUUUUGCCGGACGCUCAAGCGGCUUGAAUCCGCCGUGGUUGACCACGGCGGGAGUCGCCAAUUGGACGCCGUAACUGCGACUCCAGACGGCGGCGGCGGCGGCGUUAUCGAAGAUUACUACCGGGGGCUUUGCCGUGUUGUUAGAGCGGCUAAAUUUUACGGGGAUGUCGUGCGGCGGCGCCUGAGCGCGAGGGAUGAGCUGAGCCGAUCGGAGGUCUCGGCUGAGAAGCUGGCGGCGGAGCUACUGUGGCUGGCUCAGAAAAUGACUGCUUGCGGCUGUGCGGAGGAGGCUCUUCGUAGGUGGUCUUCUGCUCAACAUUUGGCUUGGCUUUCUCUCUCGGCUGACCCGCGGCUUCAAGGCGCGUUGGUCAAAGUCUCAGCAUUCUUAUUGGAUCAAGCAAGAGAGUUGUGGAAAGAGGCAGAUGAAGAAAACAUGAAAUAUGAACUAAGAGAAACAAACAUGAAUAUGCUGGUGUCAUGGUUGCCACUGCUGUGCCGCGCAAGCAAUGGCACAGACACUCCGGUUUUGAGCAUCAACAAGAGAGCGGAGCUAGAGAGAACGUUGGAGCUGAUGAUAAACACGUUGGAUGAAGAAGAGCAAGAAAAAGUGCUGUCCCUUUGGCUCCAGCACUUCACUUAUUGCCCAUCAUCCGACUGGCCAAACCUCCAUGAUUCUUACACUCGUUGGUGCACUGCUUCUCGCAGCUCCCUCUUGCUCCUCAACUGAACACCAGUACUGGUACUAUACGUCUAGCUCAUCGCAUUGGAUUCUUGGUUCAAAUUGAUGCUUUAGUUAACUCCAUGUGAAAGACCUUAUGCCUACAUUUUACUGCCUGAGUUCCUAUGGAGUCUUAAUCUUUGAAGAUGACAGUUGAAGCUCCUGUGAAUACCAAAGCUCCAUUACACCCAAAUAGGCAUAAAAUGAUUGAGAUUUCAUAGUGAACAACCUCAUGGAAGACUAGUACUACCCGAGCUUCAUUUCUACUCGUUUGGAUUCUCUCACCCUGUUCUUCACCGAUUAGGUUGCACAGGGACGUAAGCAAUCAACCAUAUGUCAAUUCAGUCUUGCUCUAUAGUUUUCACGAAACAUUUAAUCAGGUGACCUAUUGUUGUAGUGCCCGUCAAUUACUUGCAAAAUAAUGUAAAAUUACAGGAUAUUCUCAUUCAUAUAUAUUACUUCUUAGCUAAAGUUUCAGUUUCUUUCGAAGACUAGUUUAAUGAUAUCAAAAUCAUGAAAAUGUGUAUGUACUGUGCCACUAAUACAUAGUGCUGUUCCUCCAUUA